AGCUGUCACAUACAAUGGAGAUGUUGAUGAAAGUGAUUAGUGUUUUUCUUAUCCUAGCAUUUCAUUUUAUACAUGUUAUAUCUAGCAAACAAUUAAACAUAUUAGUGUUUGGAGGAAAUGGAUUUAUUGGUGCUGAAACUGUGGAAAGGAUUUUAUCAGAGAAUCAUAAAGUGACACUUAUAAAUCGAGGGAAUUGGUAUUGGGAUUCUAGGAUUAAAAUCAAACCGUUUGUUCAACACAUAACCUGCGAUAGGACACAACCUCUGAAAGACUGUAAUCUCUUACAAUCUUUUUUAUUAGAAAGUGGUGAAAGUUUGUAUUUUGAUUUCGUUAUAGAUUUCAGCGGAUACUUUUCAUUUCAGAUAACCGAUGUCCUUGAAGCAUUCCGUAAUCAAAUAGGAAAGUACAUUUACAUAAGUUCAGAUUCAGUAUACGAAGUGUGUAAAGAGAAGCACCAUUACGAAUUUACAGUAGAAACUGAUGCUGUAAGACCUGCAGAUGAAAAAAUACAGCAAGAAUUAAACGGAAAGGAUGAUUAUGGUCACCAGAAACUCGAAUGCGAAGAGGAAUUAAAACAAGAUGGAGUGUCAUAUUUAAUCUUGAGGCUCCCAGAUGUUAUAGGACCGAGAGAUAACACCUUGCGAUGGUGGAUGUACCAGCUAUGGAUUAAAUUAUCCGAUUAUUUAACUCGUCCAAUAACUAUACCAAAACGAUUGUUUUAUAAGCCCUUAAGUUUCGUAUACGUAAAAGAUGUGUCAGAUCUUAUCGUUAAUUCAUUAUCGUUUAAACCAGAUGUGUUUAACGAGGCUUAUAACUUAGCUUUCUCAGAAACACAAACUUUAUACCAGUUAUUAUCACACAUCAGAGAUAAAAUAGGAAAAGAGUCGACAAAUAUUUACCUAAAUGAACGAGAAGACUAUAUGCAUUUGUUUCCUUCUGUGACAUUAGGGCCAAUAAGUAUAGUAAAAGCAAAGGAACGCCUAGGAUGGAACCCUACCCCAUUCGAAAAAGCAGCAGAGAAAACAACAAAGUUUUAUGAAAAUGCGAUUUCUAACAUUUCAUUUACUUCUGAAGCUGAUAGAGUGAUUGAAAAGAUACAAAAGUAUUGUACAGACAACCCAAAUGACGUUUACAACGGCCUUUACCAAGAGUAUGGUAUUAGUACUAGUCAUCAUAUUAAACAGGAUCUAUGAUUCU